UUUGGCGCAGCGCGAGGAAAUCUGCUGAAACAAGAAAGUGUUUGUUUGAGAGAGAGGGCUGGGAGAGGAGCGUGGGGGGGUCCCACAUGCAGAGGUAACCCCUUGCCUGGCUGGUUUCUCACGCUGUACCUGUGGAGGUGGAGCAUUCCCCUCGUGCCAAGGUGCUCCUCAGUGCACGCCCGGAGCUCGAGGCAGUCCCUGGAAAAGGUUCUGCUCCCACAGCGUGGCUGGGGCUCAGCACCAGGACAGAGUCCUCUGUUUUACCCCAGCACACAUUUGCAUUCCACAGGUCUGGGAGACUGCGUGACCACCCAAGGCUUGGUGUUUAAAACUGAUCAGGCUGGCAGCACAGCACUUCGCAUCCAGCUGCGCUGCGCACACAAACUCCCCAGCCUCUGUGCUGGAAAGUCAGCUGCGAAGGAUUUAUUUUAGAUAUUGCUUUUGGAGCAGGUACAUUCCUGCGCAGGCAGGAUGUCCAAACCCUCUCGCUUGGCUCGACCUGUGUCGGCUAAUACAGCUCCUAAAUCGCCUUUGUCUAGGAAAGAAGAUUUUAACAGCCGAUCACGAAAAAUUAGGCUAGGUGAAAAGAUUUUGCGAGCUGGCAGCGAAGGAAACCUGGUUAAACAGCAUCAGCAAGAGCAGGUGGAAAUCACAGAAAGGCUUGUGCCACGGAGGGCUCCUUUUCUGAAAGACCAGGCAAAACCCAGUUUGCAUGUAACAUCACUAGAUGAUGCAGAAUGUCUCCGAUCUAAAGAGCUCCUUUCGACCCCGAGCAGCCACACUUCUUCUAGUUCAAAGUCCACCCGCAACAUCCCUCGAAGACAUACAGUAGGUGGCCCUCGCAGUUCCAAAGAAAUACUGGGAAUGCAAACCUCAGAAAUGGACAGGAAGAGAGAGGCUUUUCUUGAGCAUCUGAAACAGAAAUAUCCCCACCAUGCCACAGCAAUAAUGGGACACCAGGAGAGACUAAGAGAUCAGACAAGAAGCCCAAAGCUGUCCCAGAGCCCACAGCCCAAUUUGGGUGACCACACAGAACACCUCUCUGAAGCAUCUGCUGAUUCCUUAGAGGCCAUGUCUGAAGGUGAUUCUCCAACCCCCUUCUCGAGGGGCAGCCGCACGCGGGCAAGUCUUCCCGUUGUGCGGUCAGCAAACCAAACAAAGGAAAGAUCACUGGGUGUAUUAUAUCUUCAGUAUGGAGAUGAAACAAAGCAGUUGAGGAUGCCGAAUGAAAUCACAAGCACAGACACAAUUCGUGCCCUUUUUGUAAGUGCCUUCCCCCAGCAGCUGACAAUGAAAAUGCUGGAAUCGCCCAGCGUUGCCAUUUACAUCAAGGAUGAGAGCAGAAACAUAUACUAUGAACUGUGUGAUGUGAGGAAUAUUCAAGACCGAUCUUUCCUUAAAGUUUACAACAAAGACCCUGCACAUGCAUUUAAUCACACUUCCAGAGCUGUAAAUGGAGAUAUAAGGAUGCAGAGGGAAAUUGCUUAUACGGGGCGAGAUGGCCAAAGUGGUUCUCGCCCUGGUUCUGCCCCACACCCUCUGCAUGCGAUGCCCAGCUCACCACCCUCCACCCCGGUGCCCCACUCCAUGCCUCCCUCUCCAUCCAGGAUUCCCUAUGGUGGGGGCCGGCCCAUGGGUGUGCCAGGCAAUGCCACCAUCCCCAGGGACCGGCUGUCCAGCGUGCCAGCCUCGCGCUCCAUAUCGCCCAGCCCAAGCGCCAUUCUGGAGAGACGGGAUGUGAAGCCGGAUGAGGACAUGGGUAACAAAAACCUUACCCUGAUGCGAAAUGAAAGCCUGUACGGGGACCCCUACUUGUUUCACGAGGGGAGGAUGAGCGUGGCUGCACCGCACUCCGGACACCCCCUGGAUGUCCCCGAUCACAUUGUGACCUACCAUCGCAGUGCCAUGAGGUCAUCGAGCACUUACUGCAACCCAUCCAUGCAGCCUGAAAUGCUGGAGCAGUCCUUGUACAGACAAAAGUCACGGAAGUACCCGGAGAGCCAUUUGCCCACUCUCGGCUCUAAGACGCCUCCAGCCUCACCCCACAGGGUGGCCGACAUGAGAAUGAUCGAUAUUCAUCCUCACCAUGGCCCUCACAUUCCCGCCCACACCAUCCAGCCGGACAGGUCUUCUCCCAGCCGCCAGUCCUUCAAAAAGGAGCCGGGACCGCCCGUGUUUGUGGAUGCGAAAGCGCGGAAUGCUGUUGGCCUGCCAGGCAUGGCCGAGGCAAUGCCCUCUCCCAUGGACAAGCAGGCUUUUGGCUAUGGGUCACCCACGAUGCCCAAGGACAAGGAGACAAGAGAGAGGAUACAAGCCAUGGAGAAACAGAUUGCCAGUUUAACUGGUCUUGUUCAGUCUGCGCUUUUUAAAGGGCCAAAUACAAGUAAUAGCAAAGAUUCUUCUAGUGAGAAGAUGAUGAAAAUUGUGUCCAGCAAGAGCAGCACUGACACUGCAGGUGCUGCCAGUAUAUCUGGGGGGAAGAAUGCAGUGGGAGCUGUGGAGUCAGCUGUCACCCACCACCCCGCUGGAGCCCCAGCAAUGCACCUCAGCCUGCAUGGCAUGAAACGCAACGUGUCGGACCUGCGGCUGCAGCUGCAUCAGAUGAAGCAGCUACAGCUGCAGAACCAGGAGAUGCUGAGGGCAAUGGUGAAGAAAGCAGAGCUAGAAAUCAAUGGCAAAGUGAUCGAAACAGUGAAGAGGCUUGAAGAUCCUGUGCAGCGACAGCGCAACCUGGUGGAACAAGAGAGGCAGAAGUACCUCAGCGAGGAAGAAAAGAUUGUAAAGAAGUUAUGUGAGCUGGAGACAUUUGUUGAAGAUCUGAAGAAGGACUCUGCUGCUUCCAGCAAGGCAGUUACACUGAAAGACGUUGAAGAUGGAGCCUUUCUUUUGCGUCAAGUGGGAGAAGCUGUUGCUACCCUGAAAGGAGAGUUCCCGACACUGCAAAAUAAAAUGCGAGCGAUCCUGCGGAUUGAGGUAGAAGCGGUGAGGUUCCUGAAGGAGGAGCCACACAAGCUGGACAGCCUGCUGAAACGUGUGCGCAGCAUGACCGAUGUGCUCACCCUGCUCAGGAGACAUGUUACAGAAGGACUGCUGAGGGGUGCGGAUCCAUCCCAAGCUGUGCAAUACUCUGCUACAGAAAAGUCCACUGCAGCUGACACUCUGAAAAGCCAAGAGGAGCACAAGCCCACCCAGGGACACGCACAACAAAACCUGACAGCAAUCCCAUCCGAGUCCCAGGUGCCAUCGGUCAAGUCAGAAGUCAUCCCCUUCUCAGCCAUGACCGUCCACCACGUGCAGAGCUCGCCUGUUGUCAUCCAGCAGUCUCAGCACUCGGCAGCCCUGGUCCCCCACGGCCAGGGCUCUCCCUCUGCAGGCAGCCACGGUGAAGCUGUGCCUGCAGGAGCUCACCCUGCAGCCACCCCGGCCCCGCAGGAGCCCACGGCAGGAUCCCAGCCCGCACAAGCCACACCAGCACCACAGGUCUCUGUCAAUGGCACCACCAUGCAAAGCCUUUUCAUUGAGGAAAUUCACAGUGCAAGUACCAGAAAUCGAGCUGUAUCAAUUGAGAAAGCUGAAAAGAAGUGGGAAGAGAAAAGACAAAACCUUGAUCACUAUAAUGGAAAGGAAUUUGAAAAGCUCUUGGAGGAGGCCCAGGCCAAUAUAAUGAAGUCCAUUCCUAACCUGGAGAUGCCUCCCCAGCCAGCAGCCCUGCCUAAAGGAGAUGCAGCAGAAAAGCUAGAAGUCUCAGAAGAAGCUCCUGAUGGAGAACAGGACAAUGACAAGCUGACCAAGUCUCCACCUCCUCCACCUCCACGGCGCAGUUACCUGCCAGGGUCAGGGCUGACCACAACGAGAUCAGGAGAUGUCAUCUACACAGCCAGAAAAGAGGCUGCUGCUCUCAAGGAAUGCAGUGAAGAUGCUGGGCAAAUAGCACAAUCCAAAGCCCCCAAAGAGGACCAGGCUUUGUCUCGGAGCACAGGGCAUGCUGUAGCACCAGCUGCAAAAGAUGAAGAGGAAGAGGAAGGAGAUAAAAUAAUGGCAGAAUUACAGGCUUUCCAGAAGUGCUCUUUUAUGGAUGUAAACUCAAACAGUCAUGCUGAACAGUCCAGAAAUGAUACACAUGUUAAAGACAUAAGGCCUGGGACUUUAAUGCAUCACAAGGAAAAGAAGGUGUAUGGGGCUACAACAGGAUCUCCCACAGAUAGUGACCAUCCUAAAGAGAAGAGGGAAGGGAGAACUGAAGAAGAAUUGGGUUCUGAUUCAUCCAGUACAGCUGACAAUAAAAGUGGCUUUUCAAUGAAUGACAGUCCUACAUUUAGCAAGGGUUUGUUUGUAGACAGUACAGACUAUUCUAACAAAAACCUUCAGAAUAUGAGCAUAAACCUGUCUAGCAUCGGUUUGCCAGAGGAGGACAAACGAAGAGGGGCUCAAGAUAUCUUAGGAUCACAUUUUCCAGCCGUUGAGACUGGAAAACAAAAGCCAAACUACAGACUGUCAAGAGAUGCUCUCCAGGGUGUGCCUCAGGGUGAAGCCUUGCAGAGCACAGGCAAGCACAUCCCCAUCAGCAGCGUUGCCCCUCUCCUGAGGCACAUGCAGGAGGCUGCGGGGCCUCAGCCUUCCUUGCAGGAGCAAGAAGUGUCUGCAGGCAACUACAAUCAGGUUGUGCUGAGACCCAAAGUGUCCAGAGCAAACAGCGUGAGCAGCAUUGAGGAGACAGACUCUCCAGCCAGCUCUCCAAGUGAAGACAACCCACCCACAGAAAACAUUGCCUUCAUGAUUACCAAAACAGCCGUGCAGGUGCUCUCGAGUGGGGAAGUUCACGACAUAGUGAGCCGGAAAGGAGGAGAUGUGCAAACAGUCAACAUCGACACGAGGAAGGAUGUGGCAUCUGAGAAGGGCAUCCCUGAGAACAUGGACAGCGAAGAGCCCGUGGUGUGUCUGGACAAAAAGCCUGUCAUCAUCAUUUUUGAUGAACCGAUGGAUAUUAGGUCAGCGUACAAACGGCUUUCUACCAUUUUUGAGGAAUGUGAUGAGGAAUUGGAAAAAAUGAUGACAGAUGAAAAGAUAGAAGAAGAAGAGGAGGAGGAAGAAAAUGAAGCACGUGAAGUCUCUGAGAGGCAGAAGGAAGAGUCACCAGUGGCUAAUGACAGAAAAGCAACCACAGAGCAUUCUGCAGCUCAUGGUCCCCAGGGGCCAUACCUAUUUAACCUUCGGUCUGACUCUGCAGAAGGCAGACCUCCUGUAGAGGAGGAAAGCACAAAGACAAAUUUCAACAAAUACCGUCAGAUCUAUGGGCUAAACACAGAAGCAAACUCAGACUCUGCUGAUCAGUUGGCAAGCAGGCAGGAUUCUAAGAAAAAAUUUAAAUUUAAAUUCCCUAAAAAGCAGCUGGCUGCUCUGACGCAGGCAAUACGGACAGGAACCAAGACUGGGAAGAAGACCUUGCAGGUUGUGGUCUAUGAAGAAGAGGAGGAAGAUGGGACCCUGAAGCAGCACAAGGAAGCAAAGAGAUUUGAAAUCACUAGGUCUCAGUCUGAGGAGAGUGAUAAAAGUCCUUCUGGGAAGCAAGAGGGACGCUCUGGAGCUGCAGUGUCCCUGUCUAGGACUGAUGAAAUUCGACAGAGUACAUACAGAACGCUAGACAGCCUUGAGCAGACUAUAAAGCAGCUGGAAAACACCAUCAGUGAAAUGAGUCCAAAACCUGUCCCUGAAAACACAUACACCUCUGAGGGAAGCUUUGUCCCCUUCUCUGCCCAGAUAGUACCAGAGACCCCAUCCCGAGAGCAUGUAGUGCUGGAUGAGAGCCUUGCUGGUGUAGAGCCCCCUGCAUCACUCCCAGCCACUUCACGUAAGGGCUCCAGCGCUGCCUCCCAGACAAGCCGGAUGCCAGUCCCCAUGGCUUCAAAAACUAGACAAGGAAGCAUGGAGAAAUCAGGCAAACAGCACAAGCUGCAGGAUCCACGCCAAUACAGACAGGCUAAUGGAAGUGCUAAGAAAGCUGGUGGGGACUAUAAGGCUACUUCUCCUACCCUACCUGCUUCUAAGAUCCCAGCCUUUUCUCCCACUUCUGGGAAAAGCAGCUCAGCACCUGCUUCUAGCGGUGACAGCUCUAACCCUCUUAAUCCACCUACUAAAACCUCCAUUCCUUCCUCCUCCCUUCUCGGUCCUCAGACAGGUCGCAUAACUUACUCUACCUCCCUCAUCCCCUCUGUCUCUAAUGGCUCCUCCAAGUUGCAGAGCCCCACUUACCCAGGGAAAGGUCACCACCUCUCCUUCUCGCUGCAGACUCAGAACGGCCGACCACCCCCUCCUUCCUCCUCUACCUCCCCCCCCUCCUCUAUCUCCCCCCCUUCCCUGAGCCAAGGUAUGAAGAGCAUCAGGACAAUCCACACCCCUAGUUUCAACAGCUACAAGGCACAGAACGGGAAUGCCAGCAAGUCCGCCCCAUCCACGGUCAAGGAGCCAUCCUAAAGGCUAAGCACAGCACACCUGCCAGGUCACCGAGGCUUUUUGUUCACAGAAUCCACAGCCAAUAUUUUAACCAGGGAACGUAACCAUUUUGUUGUAUUGCUGGAGGCUUAAUACUAAUCACGUGCUAAAUACUGAAUUACUACACUAGAUUAGAGUGAAGCUUUUUGGAAAACAGUUGCUGUUGCAAUGAUAAAAGAGCAUUUUCUUUCUAUAGGCAGCACCUCUUUAAAAAAGUGUGAAGGUGUGUGAGUGAACUGCGUGUGCACAGUGGUGUACUGAGCAUGGGGAAUUGUAUGGAUAAAAAUUUACUAAGUUGUUUUGUAUAAAGCUAUUUUUCAUUAUGAGGUCUAGAAGUGAACAGAGAUAUACUAAAGUGUGAUUAUAUUCAACUGUAAAACUGAGACUAAAAUAUUUUUCUUUUAUUUUGGUGUUAUUUAGCUUUGUUACAGAUUUCUAUUUUUGUCAACAAAUGUCAUGGUUCCUUUCGAGAUCUUUUUGCCAAAACAUUUUGAUACUAUUGUAAUGUACAUUUGAAAGUAGUAUGCUGGACAGUAAACCUCUGCACAAGAAACAGAACAAGACUGGUCUUAUGUGUGUAUGAGGCAACUCAACUUAUUGCACUGCCAUUCAGAUUAUAUUUAAGAAUUUGACAGACAAGGAAAAAAUAAAUUGUUUUACACAUAUAGAUAGUUGCUGAUUACUUUUUUUCUUAGCUCAAUCCACCCUUUUUCCUUCAUUUUUAUUUUACUGAGACCUGGUAGCCCAUUAAUGUAUUGCAUUGUGGAUUUUUAAAUGUACACUUCAGUACUGUUCUGUAUACUGGCAAACUUUUGUACAUAUCUAUAAAUAUCUAUAAAUAAAUAAAUAAAUACUGUAUGUGGCUGGGCACAUAGAGUAGUUUUACCACACCAAAGUUAAUUUUUAUGCAUGCUUAAAAAUACAUAUGGGAAGGGUUGAAAAAGAUGGAUACCAGUUAAAUAGGAGAAGAGCAAAAAACUUGCAUAGCUAAUGGUUUUGUAAAUAAAUUUAUUUGUAUAACACCAUAAUGUAAUAUACAGAACUAUGAUAAGCAAAGAUCUUUACAAAAAUAAAGGGCUGCAUGCUUAUAUA